AUGUCUGACGGUAAGUCGAGCUCUGGACGCUGACCAAAUCAAGGCGGACAUGGUACUCCUUCCCAGCCGCUCACUCUUCCACUCUUCCCGCUGCCAUUGCGAACUCUCUCAAGAGUCCAAGACCAUCCCCGAAGCCAAGCAGGACCUCAAUACUCACGAACUCUCGUCUGGCGCCACUGAAAGCACGCACACCGACGAGUCUGGCGUAAGCGGACUGCUUCACAAGGUGACGGACAAGGUGCAGGAGGUCGGACACAAACUGGCCGCAAAGGAUGACGAGUGAGUGACUGGUUGUCGGAGGGGUGAUGCGAAGAGCGCGACUGGUUGUCGGAGGGGCCAUGCGAAGAGCGCAACUGUGUCUCUGAGUCAAAUCGAGACGAGACCGGCACGUUGCAGACUGCUUGGCUGCUUGGGCACGGCUGUCCGCGCAUUACGCACAGAGAUGGGUGUAGCCUAUCCGUGUUACAGACACCGCCGCUCCGGGAAGGGUCGGAGCAAGUCGCGGCGAGACGACACUGACCCAGUCUCUGACAUCUGACGUCUCCCACUAGAACGCACAUCGCUCAGCAAGAGCACUACGUCAACGAGAGACCAGGAGGUGGUCAGAUCUCGAUGGGCAUGCAAUGA